UGCAGCCGUCCGGGAGGAGGGCGGUGACGAGUUUGAAGGGGGGCACCAGGACCCGCCGGGAUGCCGCGUCCCGGGCGUCCCGGCCUAACGCGCACUCGCCGGUCCUCUUCCCCGCCCGUGCAGGUGCCGCCGCCGGACGGGACUCUAAGAUGAAGUUAUGGGAUGUCGUGGCUGUCUGCCUGGUGCUGCUCCACACCGCGUCCGCCUUCCCGCUGCCCGCCGGUAAGAGGCCUCCCGAGGCGCCCGCCGAAGACCGCUCCCUCGGCCGCCGCCGCGCGCCCUUCGCGCUGAGCAGUGACUCAAAUAUGCCAGAGGAUUAUCCUGAUCAGUUUGACGACGUCAUGGAUUUUAUUCAAGCUACCAUCAGAAGACUGAAAAGGUCACCCGAGAAACAAAUGGCCUUGCCGCCUAGAAGAGAGCGGAAUCGGCAGGCGGCGGCCGCCAACCCGGAGAAUUCCAGAGGGAAAGGUCGGCGAGGCCAGAGGGGCAGAAAUCGGGGUUGUGUCUUAACUGCGAUACAUUUAAACGUCACCGACCUGGGUUUGGGCUACGAAACCAAGGAGGAACUGAUUUUUAGGUACUGCAGCGGCUCCUGUGAUGCAGCUGAGACAAUGUACGACAAAAUAUUAAAAAACUUAUCCAAAAACAGAAGGCUGGUGAGUGACAAAGUCGGGCAGGCAUGCUGCAGACCCAUCGCCUAUGACGACGACCUGUCGUUUUUAGAUGACAACCUGGUUUACCAUAUUCUAAGAAAGCAUUCCGCUAAAAGGUGUGGAUGUAUCUGACUCGGGCUCCAGAGACCGCUGUGUAUUGCAUUCCUGCUACAGUGCAAAGAAAGGGACCAAGGUUCCCAGGAAAUGUUUGCCCAGAACGGAAGAUGAGGACCAAGGAGGCAGAGGAGGAGGAGGAGGAGGAGGAGGAGGAGAAAGGAGGAGGAG